AUGGUGGCGCUCAAGGACGACCUGCUCUCGCUCACGGCCGGUGCGGCGACCACAGCGCUAGACGACAGGACCCGGGCCCAGGUGAACGAGAUCAUCCUCGAUCUCGAGCGCUCCUCGCCCACGCCGCAGCCCGCGGGCAGCAACCUCCUCAACGGCGUCUGGACGAUCCAGCUGCCCGGGCAGCUCGGCCAGGGCCUGGUGGACUCGCCGACGCGGGAGCUGGCGCUCGCGCUGUACUCGACAGCGUACGCGCCGGGCACGCUGCUCCAGCUGUUCAACAAGCUGCCUGCGCCUCUCGGCAUCACGCUGGGCGAGAUCUCCGUCACCAUCCGGUCGCCUGACGCCGGGCAGCCCCGCGCCUCCACCGAGGUGAGCGUGACGCUGCCGCUGGCGGGCGUGCAGCCGCUCAAGUUCUUCAGCAACCUGACGCCGGUGAGCGACACGCGCUUGAAGGAGGAGGUCAUCGAGGCCGAGGUGCUCGGCCGGCGCCAGCUGCUGCCCGGCCCGCUCGCGAGGACGCGCACGCUCUUCGUGACGUACCUCGACGAGGACGUGCUAAUCACGCGCGACGACUCUGGCGUGGCAGAGGUGCUCGUGCGCAAGCAGGACAUGUCGUGGGCGCGCUCCUCCUCAGAGACGAGCAAGAAGGGCCGCGACGAGGACCUGACCGGCGGCGUCGUGGAUGAGGAUGCGCCGCCCACCAGCCCCGGUGGCGACGAGCCGUCGGACAUGGAGUGAGCCGCCUUCGUACCGUCGGGGCGAUGUGUCUUGUGUGGGUGGGUUGUGCGAGGGUGCGCGGGGACGCGCUGACGGCUGUUUACUGAGACGUUUUCAUUUUCAUGCCCCAA